AUGCCCGGUCCCGGGUCUGGUCGUACAAAACAUAACCCCGGUCGUCGCUGCCUGGAGAAAGAAAAUAAGAAGAAAAGAAGUAUCAUUACCAUCCGGAAUAAAGACCAGUUAUGUUGCAGCAGAGCUUUAGUCACCAUGAGGGCUCAUUGCCAUCGUCAAGAGGGUGCAAUAGAAAACAAUCGGUACCUCAAUAUGAGAACAGGAUGUCCUGUGCAAGAAAAGGAAGCCAAAGACCUUCACCGAUUGGCAGGCGUCCCCGAAGGGCCUUGUGGUCUGGAAGAAUUGAAAAAGUUUCAAGAGGCCCUCUCGCCGCACUAUCAACUGCUUGUCAUGUGUCGCCUCAAGCCCUUCUUUCUUAUUUUCAAAGGACCAGAGGCCCUCCACCAGAUUUGCCUGAUCAAAGGCGGCGAUCAUUACGAUGGAUGUACGUCGUUUUCUGGUUUUAUCAACCGCUCGUAUUAUUGUCAUCUCUGCGAGAAGAAUUUACAACACCGACGAUGGAAAGCAUCAUUCCUGUGA